UAUUAAAACACCUAUAAAUUUUGAUCAGAUUUAUUCUAGAGAAUAUAUAAACAAUUUAGUAUAUAUCUUAUAAAUUGCUAGAUGUACAAAUGAUGUCUUAAGUUGUCGUCAAAUUAAUUCUUAUAUAUGAGUAAUUAAACUAAAACGCUUGUAUCUGUAUGUUGAUGCAUCAAUAAGAAAAAUUACAACAUUUGUGUGUUUAAUUUAAAAUAAUUUAUUAUCAUAACUGUAUAAUAAUUAAUAAAAUAGAAAAACGUUCAUAUAUUCAUGCAUGUAAAAGUGACUUUGGCUGCCCACCUAAAAUUAAUUAAUAAAAGAAAUGAGGUAAAAAAAUAAACCAGAGAAAUGGAAGUGCAUGGUUUUAAUAUAUUAAUUAAUUCAUCCAAAAAUCUCUUUGUCUGAAGUUUGGCUGCGUUUCAUGUGUAAGGAGCUGCGUUUUAAUCACAGCAGGCCAUGCUGUGUUUUCUUAAACAGCAUAGGAUCCUCCCCCCUACAUACAUAGAGGAGAGAGAGUAUUGGGAGUGCCAGUGGUGAUGAUUUUUCCUACUUAUAUAUGCUUGCCAUCUUAAAAUUCAAGAAAUGCCACUCAUUUCUCUCCCACAACACAGCAGUCAUUUGAGGGUUUUGAAAAUAUGAAGAGGGCAAGAAGAAUCUAUGGUUUUGUUUUCUUGUUUGUAAUGUUGCUCAAUUUGGAUGGAGCAACAAGUAGGAAUUUCCCACUAAAGAAUACUACUACUAAUAAUAAUAUUCAAGGCUAUGUCAAAAACCAAGGCAACUCUUCAACCCCAUUUGAGGGGGAGGUGGAGAGAGGAGGGAAGUACAAGCAAUUGAAGAAAUUGGAGUCAAAGCCACCAAGUUGUGAGCACAAGUGUUAUGGGUGUAAGCCAUGUGAAGCAAUCCAAGUUCCAACCACAACACAUUUUAGGGUUUUAUACACUAAUUAUGAACCAGAGGGUUGGAAAUGUAAGUGUGGCCCCACCUUCUACAGCCCUUGAUUCAAUUUGAGAGAGAGAGUAUCAUCAAUUUCCAAUUUUAUUUCAUCUUUGUGAAGUUAAGAUGGUAGAAGUAAGUAGCUAGUUAGCUCUAGUAGUUGUAUUAGUUUGUACAAUGAUAUGCUUUCAUUCUAAUCUACAAAUUUUAA